AUGGAGAACGACGACUUCGCGGAUGUGUCGUGGCAGUCGCCGCCGAGGGGGAAUACGGAGGGAGCUGCGGAAUCGAGUUUGGGAGCUGCGGCGGGGGAAGCGCAGCCUGGUCGUGCGGAGAGGAUAGCGGAUGGGAUGGAGGAGGCGCCGAGGGCGGAUCCGUUGGAUAAUGCGGGUAUUGGGAAUGGGCACCUUGAGUGUACGGUUACGGCGCCGCUGAAGGAGGGGGAUGGGUCGAAGGAUUCUUAUGUCUCUUACCUUGUUACUACUAAUACCGAUUUCCCAUCCUUCCAAAAGCCAACAACAUCCGUGCGAAGACGAUUCACGGAUUUUGUCUUCCUGUAUAAUACCCUCUUCGCGGAAUACCCGCAAUGUGCAGUCCCGCCUCUGCCAGACAAGCACAGCAUGAUGUACGUCACAGGCGACCGGUUCAGCACGGAAUUCAUGCAGCGCCGCACCAACUCGCUCAAGCGCUUCAUGCGCCGCCUGACUCUGCAUCCUGUCCUUCGCCGCUCGGCGCUCCUGAUUAUCUUCCUCGAGAGCCAGGAUUGGAACGCCACGAUGCGGGGACGCCCGAAUAGGGCCCCGUCGAAUGGGGAUCAGGGAUCUGGGGUCUUUGAUGGGAUUACCGAGACCUUCAUUAAUGCCUUUACUAAAGUCCAUAAGCCGGACCGCCGCUUCAUCGAGGUUCGCGAGAAGUCAGAUAAGCUGGACGAAGACCUGGGCCAUAUUGAGAAAGUCGUCGUGCGCGUAGCGCGCCGCGAGGAUGAGCUGGCUAAGGACUUCCACGAGCUGGGCGAGAAUUUCCAGAAGCUGAUUACCCUCGAGCCUGGCGUCGAGGGGCCGGUGCAUGCCUUCACGGCGAGUAUCGAGGAUACCUCUGCCGAGAUGAAGACUCUCAAGGAUAAGACGGACCACGAUUACCUCGGCAGCCUGCGAGACAUGCAGUCCUACAGCACGGCAGUCAAAGCCCUCCUAAAGCUGCGCGACGCAAAACAAGUCGACUUUGAGCAAACCGCCGUCCUCCUCGCCGACACAACACAGCAGCGCGACCGUCUCGCCGGCUCCCACGGCGCCUCAAGCGGGGCCGGGGGCUUCCUGCGGUCGAAGCUCGAGGAUGUGAGGGGUGUGGAUCACGAGCAGGCGAGGCGGAAGAGGGUGCGCGAGGCGGAGCUGAAGAUGGAGGAGUUGACGGCGGCGGUGGAGGAGGCGAAGCGGAUGACGGAGGCGUUUGAUGAGGAGGUUAUUAGGGAGGUGGCGGACUUCGAGAGGAUUAAGAGGAUUGAGUUUAAGACGCAGUUUGGGGCUUUGGCGGAUGCGCAUGUGGGGUUUUAUGGGGAGGCGAUUGAGACGUGGGAGGGGUAUGUGAGGGAGAUGGAGAAGGUGGGGGGGGAGUGA